AUGUCACAAGGCACGCCACCGGGCGGUCCCGGUGGGCCGGUCGUGUCGGUUGCGAAUAUUCGGGGGUUGGGGAGAAAUGAUCCUGGUCUUUUUAAAAUGAGCGGGGAGAUUUUUGGCUGGAAGAACAGAAGAAACGGAAAGGUUUACCAAUACAAGAGUUCUGAUGUUGCAGAUGCACAGUGGAUACACUGCGGACCAGAUCAUUAUCAGCUUAAGGUUGUUCUGGGCCCCCAUAAGAACGACAGCAUCGUGAUGUUUGACGGAUUCCACAAGAAGAACUACGAAGACAUUCGUCGUCAUUUUUCGGAGCAUUUCAAGUUAAAUUUGCAUUCAAAGAAUAUUGCGCACUUGGGAUGGCACUGGGGGGACGUCUCAAUGGAUGUAAACGGCUGCCCUGCGUUUGAAGUAAAUGCGCAAGACAUCGCGCAAGUCACAACUCCUUCUAAAAACGACUUGGCUAUUGAACUGGUUCAAGAUGAUACGAGGGACCAAUCUGAAGAUAUGCUGCUCGAGAUUCGUCUCUUUCAGCCUGCAGCAGGCGAUGACGAAACCGACAGUCACUUGCAAAGUUUGAAGGAGAAGCUUGUGAAGAAGAGCGGAGUAGCAGAGACCAAGAUGGAGAGCAUCGCUCUUUUGAAUGAUGUACCACUUUUGGUGCCUAGAGGAAGAUACGAAAUCGAUAUCGGAAGAAGGGCCCUCAAAUUCCACGGAAAGUCCUACGACUACACAAUUCUCUACACCAACAUCAACAGGAUGUUCCUGGUGCCUCGUCCGAAUUCUCCUCACGUGAAUUUUAUUUUGUCUUUGGACAACGCGAUGCGACAGGGACAGACAUCGUAUCCUUUUGUCGUUAUGCAGUUUGACAGCGAAAAUGUCACUUCUGUUGAAGUCAAUCUAGAAGAGGCAGAACUCAAAGAAAGGGGGCUUGAAAAACAGCUUGAAGGAAAGACGUUCGACGUGAUAACUCGCAUUCUGAAAUCUCUAAUUGGGAAGAGUGUUAUUGUUCCUGGCGACUUUAAAAGCGUCAAAAACCAAUACGGAAUUACCUGCAGCUACAGAGCGCAGAGCGGCCAUCUUUAUCCCCUCAACCGUUCUUUCUUGUUCAUUGUCAAGCCCGUCAUUUUUGUGAGAUUCGAAGACGUGGUGAGUGUGGAGUUCAGCAGAACGGGUGCGAGCACCACCAACCGUUUCUUUGCCUUUACAGUUUCUUGCCGAGGGGGUGUUGAGCAUGAAUUUACUUCAAUUGACCGCAACGAGUAUACCCCCUUAGUGGAAUUCUUAACGCAAAAGGGAAUUCGCAUUAAGAACGUCGAGAAUUCAAAUGCACCAAGAACUGGAGGACUACAAGAGGCAGAAAUACAAACUGACGAAGAUGACGAUGACUACGGUGGAGAGGAAGAAUCCGAUACAGGUGGCAAUGUCUUUUCAAGCCCUAUAAAACAGGGGACCCAGCAUGAAGACUUUGAAGAUGAAGAGGAUGAUGAUGAAAGCGAAGCGAGCGCUGCGGAAUCAAACGAGGAAGAGGGCAAAAAGGAGAAGAAGCGAAAGCACAAACACAAGAAGGACAAGAAGGAAAAGAAGAAACACAAGAAGUAG